AUUGGAAUAGGCUUUCCCCAUUGAAGAAUAGCUUAGGAGGAAGCUAAGUUUUCCCUCCGCCAUGGCUUUCCCUUUACAUUUCCUCCUUUUUCCCAUCAUGAUCACCUCCCUUCCCAUCCUCCCCGUGGACUCCAAGCUCGCCGUCGGUUAUUACCAAAAGACAUGUCCCAACUUCGAGAAGGUCAUUCGAGAGACCGUGACGAGUAAGCAAAUCACUAGCCCUGUCACUGCGGCUGGGACCCUUCGUCUCUUCUUCCACGACUGUUUUGUUGAUGGUUGUGAUGCUUCUGUCCUCAUUGCCUCUAAUUCCUUUAACAAAGCGGAGCGUGAGGCUGAAAUCAAUCACUCCCUUUCUGGUGAUGCGUUUGACGUGAUCACUCAUGCUAAGACCCAUCUUGAAUUAUCGUGUCCUGGUAUUGUUUCUUGUGCUGAUAUCUUGGCUCAAGCGACACGUGAUCUAGUGGUGAUGGUGGGAGGGCCGUUUUAUAAUGUCCGUUUGGGACGUAAAGACGGAAUGGUUUCGAAAUUGGAACACGUGGAAGGGAACCUCCCUGAAGUGAAGCACACGGUGGAUGAACUUGUGGAUUUCUUUGGGCAGAGAGGAUUCAGCAUCCAAGAAAUGGUGGCUCUCUCCGGCGGCCACACCAUUGGGUUCUCUCAUUGCAAGGAAUUCUCGGACCGGCUGUUCAAUUUCAGCGCCACCACACCCACCGACCCCGACAUCUACCCCAAGUUCGCCGACAAGCUGAAGGAAAUGUGCGCCAAUCGCGACAAGGAUACGUCCAUGUCAGCAUUCAACGACGUGAUGACACCUGGCAAAUUCGACAAUAUGUACUACCAGAAUCUCCCACGUGGACUCGGCCUACUGGCCACCGACCAUGCCCUGGUUAAGGACCCUAGGACGAAGCCGUUCGUGGACCUUUACGCCGUUAAUCAGACGGCGUUUUUUCACGACUUUGCUCAUGCUAUGGAGAAACUCAGCGUUUUCGAAGUUAAGACGGGAAGGAAGGGAGAGGUUCGACGAAAGUGCGACCUCUUUAAUUCCAUCAAGACGUGAGACAUCGCUUCUUCUUUCUUUCUGUUCUUUUCGUUUAUUAAUUUUUUUUUUUUUCUUUUUAACAAAUAUUCAAAACACAAAAAAUAAUAUGCAAAUCAAUCAAUGUUGUUCUAGGAAGAAGAAGGCCAAAAAAUCUUUUUUUUUUAAAUUUUUUUUUUUAAAUUUUUUUUUUCUGAAAAUUGGUGUUUUGUUUGUUUUGGAUUUCGUCCCUAAGAUGGGAAUUGUUGAUCAGUUGUGAUUUUAUAGUGCUUCUCAUGGUCAUUAUGUAUUUCCUUUUAUAUAAAUAUUUCCUAUUUAUUUAUU